AUGAAAAAUUUGAUAGUUGGCCAUUCUUCAAAUUUCCCAUUCAACCCUACAGAUUCAUCAGACAGUUCGGUCUUUUUUUAAUCCUUUCUCUUACAAUCUAAUCCUCAUUCCUCCCUUAUUAUAUUAAUUUCCUAUAAAAAUUAUCAUUUCCCUCUCUGCCCCCUCUAUAAAAAUCACUAUUUUCCUUAUAGAUUAUACCAAGAUUCCUCUAUUCGCCAAAAAAACCACGACAUCCUCUCCUAUUCAAAUGCGAAUAAACCAAAAAAGUCAUCACGAAAAACUGACAUGAAAGUUGAAGAUCUACUACUACAAAAAUACAAACAACACCAAAUAAAAAUCCAUCAACAAAUGCUGAAGGCAAAAUCUGAUGAGUUGAAAGAACUUAAGCCAGCCCCUGACAUAAAUCCUGUAUCGAAAGAGCUUGCCAAAUUAAGAGAAAUAAAUGACGAAAAAAACAACCCACCUAAGGUAGAUACCAGGAAAAGCAUACAAGAAAUCUUGCUAGGGUCAAGAUAUUAUAGAAAACAGCCAAAUCAAGAAGAAAUAAAAAGCAGCGAAAUACUUCAAGGGAUUUCUACACCAAAAUUGACAGAAAUUUCGCUAAAGCAGCUGGAAGAGGAAAUCAAAGCUUCAGAGCAAGCUUUAAAAGAGGACUCCUCCAAGCCAAAAGUAGACCUCCAUCUAAAAUUCCAAGAAAAAGACGCCAAAAAUAAGCCAAAAGCUCGGUCCUUAAUAAAAUCAAAAUCCAGCUACAUUUCUUCCCAUGAAAAAAUCCAAGCCAAAGAAGUCGAGGAUUUCAAAAACGCUGUGAUUCCUCUUGAAGACUUAAAAAAAGUAGUAAAAAGCAGGCCAAUAUAUAAAGAGGAAGAAGAAGAAAAGCCAAGUGAGCCUUUCCUGGCCAUGAGUGUCAUACAAAGAAGCGAAUACUGGCUUCACAAAAGAGAAAAAAAAGUCCGCAGAAAUAAACAAAUUGAAUACGAAAAUGAGCUUUCUAAUUGCACAUUUAGCCCUCAGUUUAGUCCGAGACGUGAAUUAUUUUUCAAAAAAAAUCCAGCGUUAAAAUAUAGAUGCAAAUCACAGCAAAGCCAAAGCUAUACUGUGCUCAACGUGACGAAAAAGCAAUAUAAAUCGAGCAGCGCCCAGAACAGCUUUAGGCUGCAAAGGAAUUUUUCAUGCCAAAAUUCGAAAAUUUAUGAAAAAUCGGAAAAUUCAAGAGCGAGUUGGUUGUCAAGUCCGAGAAAUAUGGGGCAGAGUUUGACACCUUUUAAUAGGACUAUUGGAUAUAGAUCAGGGCUUGAUUUUGACUCUUUUAAAGCAAAGGCACAAGUGAUGGUUGACUAUAAGACACUAGGGAUCAAAAAAUAA